UUCCCUUAUAAUGGUUUGAAGAAAAGGUUUACAGAACAAAGAAAGUCUUAAUGCAAUUUGGGUUCUACUGGGGACUGGACUUGAUUGUCCAAAAGGUCCUUGCCAGUCCAAUGUUCCUAUCUCAGGAUCUUAACCUCAGUUAAGAUUCAUUAAAUUAUUGUGGGAAUAGUCUGGGGGAAAGAAAAACAAGACAAAAUGAAUGAGUCAUUUGGCUUAGUCAAAAUAACUACAUUGAGGUUUGAGGGCUAUUUUUUAAAAUCAUGCCUAGUGGUAUAAAAGAAGCUGAAAAAGAGAAAAGUUCUGUUUGUAAUUUGUAUAUUAUUUUAAAUGUUUUUUUCUAUACAAUAUUACAUUCCUCCUAUAAGUCUAUGGCCAAUAGACUGAAAUUCUCAGGUCUGUCAAAUACUUAUCUUUCUCCUAUUCCAUAGGGAUUACAGAAGGGUUGUCCUUCUACAGUAUACAGUAUCCACCUGCACUUCAUUAGAGAGCAGCAGUUGUACAUGCCACACCACAAGAUCACCAUGAUGACAUAGCAGCUUCAGUGAACAGCGUGACUAGGGGGUUUUUUCUGUUUUUUUUUUCCUUGGGUUUUUUUAGCUUUUGUAUUAGAGGUUCUGGCAGCCAGUUACCUCCUGACACUAUUUACAGCAUAUAUUGGUCGAUACAGAUUCCCUUAUUGCAUCUGCUCUGGGAAUUAAAGAAAGCAGCUUCAAGGCUGUAAGGACAGGACACAAGGCAAAGAUGCAUCUAAACUCCCUGCCUUUCUUUCUGGCAUUGAUCAGUGGAAUUUUCUGUCAAUAUGACUAUAAUCCAGAAGACUAUGGUUAUGAACGCUAUGUGCCAUCUUCAUCACUCUGUGCCCCAGAAUGUGACUGUCCUAUAACCUACCCAACUGCAAUGUACUGUGAUAAUCUUAAACUAAAAAAAAUUCCAAUUGUACCCUCUGGUAUAAAAUACCUAUAUAUCCGAAACAAUAUGAUUGAGGGCAUUGAAGAAAAUGCAUUUGAGAAUGUAACUGACCUACAGUGGCUGAUCCUAGAUCAUAACCAUUUGGAAAACUCAAAAAUUAAGGGAAAAGUCUUUGCUAAACUGAAGAAUUUAAAGAAACUCCAUAUAAAUUAUAACAACUUGACUGAAGCUGUUGGACCACUUCCCAAAACCCUGGAUGAACUGCAACUUAGUCACAACAAGAUCACAAAAGUCAGCCCCAAUGUACUAGAAGGUCUGGUAAACCUGACUGUCAUUCACCUACAGAACAACCAGCUGAAAGGAGAUGCUCUUUCUGGGGCUUUUAGAGGCCUGAAUUCUCUUCUAUAUCUAGACCUGAGCUUCAAUCAACUUACAAAGCUACCAACAGGGCUGCCUCACUCCUUACUCAUGCUAUAUUUCGACAACAACAAGAUCAGCAACAUUCCCGAUGAGUUCUUCCAGGGUUUUAAAGUCCUGCAGUAUUUACGUUUGUCUCACAAUAAGUUGGAAGAUUCUGGAAUACCAGGCAAUGUUUUCAAUAUCUCCUCACUAGUUGAAUUGGAUCUCUCCUUUAACCAACUGAAGAGUAUUCCAACAGUCAGUGAAAACCUUGAAAACUUCUACCUCCAAGUCAACAAAAUUAACAAGUUUCCACUGAGCAGUUUUUGUAAAGUUGUCGGACCUCAAACCUAUUCCAAGAUAACACAUUUGCGCUUGGAUGGAAAUAAUCUCACUCGAGCUGACCUACCACAUGAAAUGUACAACUGUCUCCGUAUAGCUACAGAGAUCUCACUGGAGUGAUGGGCCUCAAAACCUUUAAUUUCUUUCUAAAGGCCAUAAUCAUAUGAUUUACAUCACACUCGCUCUUUAAAAUUAGGAUAUACCAAGUGUCAAUUUGCAUAUUAUCUAUUCUGUUUGUUAAUAUUUAGCUUGAACAUGGUGAUCCUAAAAAAUAUGUUUGUGCAUAGUUUUACAAAUAGUUUCAGUUGUCUGUGUUAGGAAAUAGGAGAAGGACCUGAUUCAGCCAAAAAUAAAGACCCCAUCUAGCU